AUGAUCGCACUAGAGGAAGAGGGGACGAAAGUUGUUUUGGGAAUUUCCCCACUUCUCAUCCUUCGCGCUACCACCCUGUCGUUCUUCAACCCUUUUCGACGGGCUGUGGCCGAGAAUGCUCAAGGGGCGAUAACGAUUCAAGUGAAAUGGGGACGUGAGCGUUUCAACAUUCCUAUCCCAACUCCGAACCUCACUCCACUCUCUCAACUUAUCGCUACCCUCUCAACCCAAACAGGUCUUCCUAUCGGUUCUUUCAAAUUGAUAUCCAAAGGUUCCGUCCUACGUGACCCUUCCUCAACCAUAGCUUCAUACGGUAUAACCGAUGGAAGUGUUCUUGUUCUCGUUGGAAAAUCAGGUGAAGUACCACACGAUUCCAAAACCUCAAUAAAACCAUCUGGGAAAAUUGGAGGAAAAAAUCGACAACCUGAAACUACGAAUCAAGUUGUAUUAGUAGAUUGGAUCAAAAAUCUUGUGGAAGGGAUAUUAAAACCUCUUGAACCCUCUUUAAAAACAUUUGAAGCCAAUACGAUGUUGAAAGGUAACGAUACGAAAAUGGGUGUAGAUGAGGAUGAUAAAGGUGAAAAAGGGAAUGGAUUAAAGGAAAUACCUGAAUUUGGAUUAUUACAGAAAGAACAUGCUAGAUUGAGUGAAUUACUUUUACGUGGAUUAUUAGAUUUAGAUGGUGUGGAUAUUCCUAGCGAAUGGAAUGAAGCGAGAAAAGAAAGGAAAGAAGGUGUCAAAAGAGUUCAAGCUGAAUUGACGAGUUUGGAUGAAGCUUGGGCAAGGAGGAAAAGUGGGAAUCAUAUCUAAAUUAUGUCUUUGCAUAUGUGACACUGC